AUGGCUCCUUUCGUCUCUUACAUCAAGGUCGAUCCUCCCACCUUGCCUGGUUGGCCCUUCAAGUCAUUCCGAAAGCUGGACACACUCGUCACGCUCAAGGAUGAGGUCUUUUACGACUGUCGUGCGACAACCAGCGCCAACCAAAAAUAUCAGGAGACUAUCAAGGACCUAGAAGGUUACGACAUCGACAGUCUCAUGGGUCUGAUGGAUGCGGAUCACGGUCCUUCGAUGCUUGAGUUCGCCCUUCGUGAGAUGUCAGGUUGUCGCUCCGCAAAGAUCCUCGGCGGCAUGGACAUCAUCGAGCUGCUGCAAACCAUCGUCCGCGGCUGCCCGCACCCCCGCUACCACCUGGGAGGCCAGAAGUCGCGGGCGCGCAAUGUCGACGAGCUCCUCGCUCUCCGCGCGCUCGCCGCCGCCGCCUGGGUCUACCUCCAGAUGCACGCCGAGACCAAACCCGCGCGCGGCGACGCGGUCGCGCACCGCGCGCCGCACUCGCUCCUCUAUCACGCCGCGCUGUACUGCAACAUGGUCGCCGAGCGCGACUUCAUCCCCCGCGUCGUCAUCCGCGUCGCGAUCUGGAUCGAGACUGUCGCGCCGCGCUGGGGGGUCGACCUGUACGCGUGCGCCCAUUUCAAGGGCUUCGGGAACCUCCGGAACGUGUACCGCCUGUUCCGCGUCGAGCAGCAGGGCCAGUUCGAGCAGCAGAGGAUGAAGGCCCCCGGGCGCGAGAACAGGUAUCGCUGCGCGGCGCCGGGAUGCGGCAUAUAUGCGGUGAACAUGGGAGCGUUGAAAAAGUGCGCGGGGAAGUGCUCCGGGCCGUCGAAGGCGUACUAUUGCAGCAAGCAGUGCCAAGCUCGGCAUUGGGUCGUCCACCAGUCGUCCUGCCGGAAGAUAGCGCGGACGAGCAUCCCCUUGGACGACGGAGACCCGGACUGGGUCGACGUCGGGACGUUUGACGACACACCCAUCGCGUCCGAUCGCAAGGCUGACCUCAACGUGCAAGAUUCUUGGCGUCCUUUCUCGGACGGCGGUCUGUUCGUGGAGCUCACGCACCCGCGCCCGCGCCAUCCCGAGGGCGAGCUGAUCCGCAUCGUCUCGCAACAAAUGUCCCCUCGGUUGUUGCGUCUGUUCAGAGACACUUUCUUGGACUGGGUCAUCAAGGGACGGAAAAGUGCGAUUCAUAAGAACUGGAAGCGUCUCGUGAUCAAGGGUGGAUUCAACCGCUUCUUCCAAUUCCCGUCGCCAUCUGGCCCGGAGCGGGCGGUCGGCGAUGCAGAUGAGGGCGUGCUUACGGCCAACCACUUGUACGUGCUUAUUUACCUUCUCAUCCUCCCAGCCCUUCUCCUACCAAACACUCCCCCCUCCGUCUUUUCCAACGUCCGCACCCCUUCGUUCUACCGCGUCUAUGCGUUCAACUGCCUCGACCUGGCUUUGCUGCUGACGUCGCCCAUCGUCGUCCGUACCAAGAAUGCGCAGGGCCCACCGCCCCCCGCUGCCUAUGAUCCCCCCCCUGUGCGCCUGCACACGUUCACAGACACCAUCCCAACCGAUGUCCCGAUCAACGAGCCCUCCGCGGCGGAUACGCAGGCGACUAUUCCUCGUUUGCACCUCAAGGCGUCGUGGCGUUCCCCAGAGCCCACACCGGACGGGUACUCGAACCUGGUCGACAGCUGGAGCGUCGGUGUGAUUGUCAUUGCCAUGCUCAUGCAGGGCACCCCGUUCGACGCAGACCCACCGAACACGGACAUCCAUACCAACAUCACGACCCGCCGGGUGCAGUGGACGCCCCUGUACGAGUGCGACGUGAGCGAGCAGGCCGAGCGGUUCAUCCGCGCGCUCUUCGCGUCUUCCCCGAGCGAGCGCAUGUCGCUCAGUACGCUGUGCCACCCGUGGCUCGCGACUGAGGCCGAGCUCGAAGGCGCGCCCCGGCCGCUCCCCGCGACUCCCCCUGCGCUUCGCACCGCGUCGCUCCAGUCGCCCCCCACUGCUCCCUCCUUCGCAGACAGCGCGCCAGCAGCAGAGCCCGCGCACACCCCGCCGCCCGCCGCCCCGCCGAUGGCCCCGCGAAGGCCGCCCGGGACGGCUUCACUGCUCCGCAUGGACGGCGAGCGGGCCGCGUCAACGCGCUCCGCGGCGGGCUCGUGCAGGUCUCUCGACGGCCCGAGUCUCAUCCUCGUCGUGCACCCGCCGUCGCUCGAGCACGCCGCGACCCCGGUGCGCGACGCCGACGCCGACGACGACAAGAGGCGGCUAUGUGCUGUCGUGCCCGCGGUCCGCCGCGAGCGAGAGGAGCCGGCGCGGCAGGCUCCAGCGGCGGACAUGGGUGCAUGGGCGGUGGGGGCUCUGGGUGAGGUCGGUGGGGGGCCUGUGGGGGAGCCGGCAGAGGAGCUAGAGCCUCGCGCGAUGGAGGCGACGCGGGCGCGAGAAAAGAAAACGCUCAAGGACGAAACACUGGUCAGGAAGUCACCGAUGCGCAAGGGGGUGAAGCGCAAGCCGCUGCCGGAGGAGAGUGGCGACGAAGGAGAAGGAGAAGGAGACGGGGCGUCGCUGCUGCCGCAGACGCAGACGCAGGAGCGGGAGGAUUCUGAAGGGGAGUCACCGCGUGUGGCGAGGCGGCUGUGGAUGGAGCUGUCUAUGAUGUCUAUCGCGAACGUCGAUGGUACGGACUAG